AUGCACCGUGGCAAUACGUACGGUGCAGAAGAGUCGCAAAGAAUCGCAAUGUAUGGUGUUGCUUGGUGGACAGGUGUGGCCAACAGCAAGGAAUGCCACUGGAGACCGCUUCCCUCACUCAAGGAGGGGAGCAGCGCCAUCAUCGCCACCAUCGCCUAUCAUCGCUAUCAUCACCUGUCAUCAUCGCCCAACGAUAAGUCGAGGGGCCCGGCAAAGGAGACCGCGGGAACAUCCAGUCCCGCCCACUCGAGCCCAGUGGAACCCUGCAUGAACACAAGCCGUCUCCAAGACCUGCGACAUGUUUCAUUACACGAGAGAUAA